CUUGUACAAUACUCUUACAUUAAACAUAUUUACACGCUGAGGCAAAUCUAAUGGUCACUACUUCAGCAGGAAAGAAGACAUACGUUAUUGGGUCCCGUAAAUCACAGUUAGCCCUAGUGCAAACUUACAUUGUUCGUGACACUCUUCAGGCUAUCUAUCCUCAAUUCGAGUUCAAAAUUGAGACCAUGUCCACAACGGGUGACAUUAUCUUGAAUCAAGCUCUUAGUAAGAUUGGUGAGAAGGCCCUAUUUACAAAGGAAUUAGAAACUGCUUUGGAAAAUAAAACUGUUGACUUUGUCGUACAUAGUCUCAAGGAUUUACCCACAGUAUUACCAGAGGGUAUGUUAUUAGGUGCGAUCAUGAAACGUGAAGACCCAAACGAUGCCCUCGUUUUAAGCGAAAAGAAUAGAGGUUUGACCCUUGCUACGUUACCCAAGGGUGCUGUUAUUGGUACAAGCUCUUUACGAAGAGUCGCACAAUUAAAAAGAAAUUAUCCUCAUUUAACUUUUAUUGAUGUGAGAGGCAAUUUAAAUACACGAUUAGCUAAAUUGGAUAUUGAGGAUAGCUCUUACGAUGGUAUUGUAUUGGCUGUUGCUGGGCUUGUUCGUAUCGACCAAGGCCAUCGCAUUUCACAAGUUUUGACUGCAUCAGAUUCUCUUCAUGCUGUGUCUCAAGGUGCACUGGGUGUAGAAUGUCGCCAAAACGAUGAAGAAGUUAAAGAAUUAUUGGAGUCCUUAAAUCAUGAUGAUACCCGUAUCACUUGUUUGAGUGAGCGUGCUCUCAUGCGUAGACUUGAAGGUGGAUGUAGUGUACCUAUAGGUGUAAAUACAAAAUUAGACAAAGAAGCCAAUACUCUUUGGAUGCAUGGUUUGGUCUCCAGUCUUGAUGGUCAAAAUGUUGUUGAAUACAAAGAUAAAAUUAGUCUUAAGGACGCUGAUACCAGAGAAAAGAGAGAGAAAUUAGCUGAAAAAUUAGGAUCCGAUGUUGCUAACGACCUUUGUGAAAAAGGUGCUGAUAAAAUUUUGGCUGAAUUGUCUCACCGAUCUCAUUAAAUAAACUACAAAUAAAAUAAAUCGAUUUUGCUUAAUUU